AUCAUAGCUCUUCUCAAGUCUCUACAUCCUAACUGGUCUCCUGCUGCAGUUAGAUCAGCUUUGGUCACAACAGCUUGGAGGACAAGUCCAUCUGGAGAGCCCAUUUUUGCUGAAGGAUCAAACAAGAAGCUUGCAGAUCCAUUUGACUAUGGAGGAGGUCUUGUAAACCCUGAAAGAGCUUCAAAACCAGGACUUGUCUACGAUAUGGGGAUUCAAGAUUACAUCGACUAUAUGUGUUCUGCUGGUUAUAAUGAUUCCUCAAUUUCUGGAAUGGUCGGUAAAAAAAGUACUAAAUGUCCAACUCCUAAGCCAUCAAUUCUUGAUAUCAACUUACCUUCAAUCACAAUCCCAAACCUUGAGAAAGAAGUCACACUCAGAAGAACUGUGACCAAUGUUGGACCCAUCAAGUCAGUCUACAAAGCUGUAAUAGAGUCUCCUUUCGGUAUAUCUCUCACCGUCAACCCGACCACACUCGUGUUUAGCUCUGAAGAUAAGAAGGUUCUCUCUUUCACGGUGAAGGCUAAAACGAGUCAUAAAGUCAACACUGGUUACUUAUUUGGAAGCUUGACAUGGACUGAUGGUGUUCAUGAUGUUAAGAUCCCUGUUUCUGUUCAGACAAAGAUCAAGAUCAAGGCUUAGCUAAGAAACUCAAAACUAGCUAUCUGAAUAAUAAGCGAUUUCGAUCUAUCCAAUGUAUUAAAUAAGAGCCGUAUGAUGCUCAUCGUCUUUGUUUUUUAUGAAGUUUCUUGCAAAUUUCAA